GUGUGAAGAAUGUGAGAUUGCGGGGUUCCUAUUAUCAUGCAUCACAUAUUAUUACACAGAUACAUACAUAGUAUGCCACACCAAAGUCGAUCCAACCCCGGCCAAGAUUUCCCACCAUAAUCAGCAUCUUGGAAAUCCGAUCUUUUCAAUUCCUUUUCCCAUUCCUGUCCCCAUUCCUGUCCCCAUUCCCAUCUCCAUAACCACACUUAUGGAUUACGGGACAGAGGACAAACCAAGAGAAUUCAAAAUCUAAUCUCUCCCUCUCCCGCUCCUGCUCCUGCUCCCCCCCCCCCCCCCCCCCCCCCCCAAAAAAAAACAUGCCCCCUAAACCCCCCCGUCCCCGCUUAACACAUUUCCUGUGCAUCCCCCUCACCACCACCUCCUCGCACGCCCAACUCCAACACUCCCUCCACACCUUCAAAAAAGACGUCACCACGCCCCCCACCACAGAAUACCCCGACCGGAUUCCCAUCCCCGAAGAUGCCAUCCGUCCGCUAUCCACCCUACAUCUCACCAUCGGGGUCAUGAGUCUCGAAAGCCCCGAGCGGAUUCAAGGCGCCACUUCGAUCUUAAACGGGAUAUUCUCCUCCCCCUCGAUACCCACAGGGAAAGCACAAGAAGGGACCGAAGAAAGGGAAACAGAAACAGAAACAGACAAAAGAGAAAUCCAACUCCCCAACAUAACCCUCACUUCCCUCCACCCAAUGCACCAACCCUGGUCUACAUCCAUUCUCUACACCUCGCCCCAGGAUCCACACUCGCAUCUCCAAACCUUCUGUCAAUCCCUCAAAGACACCUUCACCACCGCCGGAUUCAUGCUUCCCGAAGAAAAAGGACGAGGCUUAUUACUGCACGCUACGAUUGUCAAUACAAUCUACGUUCGCGGCGUACGUCAGAAUUCCGACACCGGCACGAGAGCUACAAGAACCGGGAAUGCACGUGGGAAUCAAGGAAGAGGCAGAGGAGGAAGUUCCUCGGGCCAUGGAAAGCACAAAGCACGUCUCACGUUUGAUGCACGGGAUAUCAUUUCCAAGUAUGCUGAUUUCACAUGGAUGCGCGAUGUACGGGUUGAGAAAGUGGCGAUUUGUAGGAUGGGGGCGAAGAAGGGGGAUGGGGAUGAGGAGUAUGAGGUCGAGGCUGAGAUCGAGGUAUCUUGCAUCUGAGUGGCUGGCUGCACUGAAAGCCCUAAAUGUCAGUGUUUAUGGAAAGCACUUGGAUUGAAAUCUAAAGCACUGGGUGUGGUGUGGAGGAAUGAGGGAGCUAGGUAUAUCAUGAAAUAAGAUCGUGGUACUUGUGCUCGGUA